CCAGCAUGCUGGAUACCCUGGGGCUGGCACUUCACGGCUGCCUCCGCCUCGGCCCCGGCCUCGUCCUGCUCCUGGUGGCCUGGGCCACCCUGCGCUGCUGCCGCAGCACUUCAGGCAAACGCCACCAGGUAGGAGGGAGGCUCCAGGCCAGCCUUUCUCAGGAAGCCUGGCAGGGCAGGGGGGAUGGGGAUUCGGGGGGGUCCCACUGCACCGUGGGAUGGGACACGAGGCCUCUCGGGGGGCUCAGCUGGGGCCAGGCUCACUGGGGUUCUGCUCUCUGCCAGCAGGUCUGUGCCGGGAGCCGAAGCAGGGGAAGGCGCAGGAAGGUUCAUGAAACAGAUGCUGAGGCGCGCGCUCACGGCUGCGGGAGCAGCCCGAUCUGGAUCGGCAGCAGACCCUUAGGCCAGCUUCUGUGUUACGAUCUCGACUGUGAACGCUGCAGCCAGGCUGUCAGGGAGAGGCAGCAGCGGCUCCUUGCCAGGCAGGCCAGAGCCUCCUGCUAUCCACGCUCCUCUUCCUCUUCGGACGCCAGCGACUCCAGCCAGCACAGGGCCCCGGCCAGAUCAUUCCGCCCAGCCAAGCUAACAUCCGUCAGAUCCUGGUGGCAGCCAGUGUUGCGGAACAGAAAGCGGAGGAGACCCUUUCCCCAGCGUGCAGCGAUGCCCCAGACAGCACUGAAAAUCUAUGGGGCAACCACACUUCCCUGCGAUGCUGGGCCUCUCAGACAGGCCGAGGAGCUUGCCAAGAUGGCUCCCAGGCACCACGAGGCUGGCUUGCCUCUCGCCACAGGCUCUGACGCAGCUGACAAGGACGGCAACCUGCCUGCUGGUGUGGAUCCUCGUCCCAUGAAAAGGCUGGAGCCAGGACUGGGCUUCUGGAAGCUGCUGCGGAUGCACACCCUGAGGAAGUCCAUAGAGAUGAAGCUGGGAGCCCUCCCCACCAUGGUGCAGCAAUCCCACAGGAGGUACACAUACAGGAUGGCACGCUGCACAGCUCCCACGCCGCUGCACUCCCGUCCUGCCCCCUCCUACUUCUGCUCAGCGGAGGCCCUGUUCCUGCCUGAGGACGUGCGGGAGUUCCUGGAGAUGCACAUCCGUGAGAAGAAGCUGCGCCACCAAUGGGGCUUGCCUGCAGGGUCGCUGGGAGGACCCCAGGCACUGCCAUCAGUCCCCUAACAGCAGCGCGCAGGGCUCCACGUUCAGCACCACCCUCAAGAUCCAGGGUUGGGCACCAGGAAAGCGGCUGUCCCAUGGAAAACAUCCCCUGCUGCCUGUGCUGCGAGGGACAGAAGCUGCGAGGGAACGUGGAAGCCUCCCCGUCACUAACUCUUCCUACUCCUGUUAAAUCCAUUAAACCCAUUCCUAUUAAAUCUCCGCCUCUUCUGGGCAGCUGCACUGAUAUGAGCAGAGAUGUCUGGGAGGGCUCUGAGGCUCACCAUGGCGCCAACGAACCAGGGCUGCGGGAUGAAGAACAUGGUACCUCUAACCAUGCCGCCCACCUCAGCAGAGUGGGACUUCCAGAGAGCAGCCCCCACGCAGGGCUCACGGGACCGUUUUGAUGUCCCUCUUUGGGCUCUUGCACUGUUGCGAGGGCCUGGGAGCGCCGGCAGGGAAGUGAAAGCAGGCGCAGGAUGGCUCUGGGAGAGCAAAAUCUUGGCUGUCCCCAUCCUCAUUAGGCGACACCACCUCAGGGUGCCAAAGGGAAGGGGAAGUCCUGAUGGGGGCAAGCAAAAUGAAGGGGGGAUCACACUCACAUUGGAUGUGUCUCUCUUGGUCAAUGUCCACCCUGGGCCAUAUCACACCAUUCCCUCAUGCCCUGAUGCGGCACAGGCCAGUCAUAAAGGGGCUAAAAA